AUGAAGAAUAAUACACAUCUGUGGGGGUUCUUGCUCCUGAGACUGACGGACAGCACGGUGCUGCUGGGGCUGCAGGCUGCGCUCUUCUCCCUUGUCUAUCUGGUGUCCACGCUGGAGAAUCUGACCAUCGUCCUCCUCACAGUUCUUGACCACCACCUCCACAUCCCCAUGUACUUCUUCCUCAGGCAUUUGUCCUUCCUGGACCUCUGCCUCAUUUCCACCACAGUCCCCAAAUAUAUUCUCAACUGCAUCACCCUCACAGACUCCAUCUCUUUCUGGGAAUGUGUGUGUCAGCUCUUCUUGGUGAUCAUGUUAACAGCUUUGGAGGUGGGAAUCCUCACUGCCAUGUCUUAUGAUCGCUAUAUCGCCAUCUGUCACCCUCUGCACUAUGAGGCUGUCAUGAGCAAAAGGUGCUGUGUCCGGUUGAUGGCUGUGUCCUGGCUCAGUGGGGGGGCCCUGGGCGUCUUGUACUCAGCUGGGACGUUCUCCCUGGAGUUCUGUGGCUCCAUCAGGAUUCACCAGUUUUUCUGUGACGUCCCUGCCCUUCUUGAGCUUACUUGUUCUCAGGAUCAUGCUGCUGUCAGUGUCAGUGUGGGCCUCGGGGUCCUCUAUGGGUUCUCAUGCUUUGUUUGCAUCUUGGUCUCCUAUGUGUUCAUUUUCUCUACCGUGUUGAAGAUUCAGAGAGUGAAGUGUGAAUACAUCCAUUACAGUAAUGUUAAUAUCGGCUUUAGUAAUCAAGUCAAUAUCACACAAGAGGUUCAGAAGUGCGACGGGCUGGGAUCCUCAGGCCCUGCAGAGGCACGGAUGGGCUCUGCUCCUCAGCCCGGCUGUGUGGAGGAUCCUUCCUCCUCGUCUUGCUCGUCCUCCACCUUCUGCAUGGGUUUUCUCCUUCACAACCUCCUGACGUUGGUCAGCCGAGGCUGUGACACAGAGAUGGGCUGA